AGCCGUUACUUUGCACUGCGUCACAACGUAUUGAGUCCCACAGUGACCCGUUGCAGAUUGAUUGAGUGCAAGCGACAUGCAAGAUCCUAACACUAAUACUGGCACUGCACCAUCGCCACGACGAUUAGCAGUCCUCAUCUCAGGAGAGGGAACGAACCUCCAAGCACUAAUCGACGCACAAAAUACCCCCUCCCUCCCAAACACCCAGAUCGUCCUCGUCCUCUCCAACCGCAAAAACGCACGCGGCCUGAUCCGCGCCUCCACCUCCCACCCGCACCCGAUCCCAACAGCUUACAUCGGCCUCCAGCCGUUCCUCAGAUCUAACCCCGGAAAGACGCGCGAGGACUACGAUGUGGAGGUCGCGCGGAUCGUGCUGCGCGCGAAGCCUGAUGCGGUCGUGUGUGCGGGGUGGAUGCAUAUCGUGAGCGAGGGGUUUCUGGAUGUACUCAAGGGGACGCGGGUGUUGGAUGGUGAGGAGGUGCUGGAGAGGGAGGUGCCUGUGAUUAAUAUCCAUCCGGCGUUGUUUGGGCAGUUUGAUGGGACGCAUGCGGUUGAGCGGGGGUUUGAGGCGUUUCAGAAGGGGGAGGUGGAUGAGUUGGGUGUGAUGGUGCAUCGCGUGGUUAAGGAAGUUGAUCGUGGCGAGCCGUUGAUUCAGAGGAGAGUGGAGGUGGUGAAGGGGGAGGCGAUAGAGGCUUAUGAGGAGAGACUACAUAAGGUAGAGUGGGAGAUUAUUGUCGAGGCUACUCGGAUGGUGCUGGACGAGUUACAAUUGCCCCUAUGACGCUCCAAACCCCACUUUAUUAAACUGCGCGAUACACAACAUGAGUGCGCGAUACACAACCAAAUGCGCGAUACAACA